AUGGGGCUCUGCAGGUCUACCGGCAGCGCGGUGGCGGCGGCGGCGCGGGCAAAGGGGCAGCCUGCCUCGACGGCUAUAGUACUGCUGCCAACGGGUGAGCUGCGGGAGUACUCGCGGCCGGCCACAGCGGGCCAGGCGCUCGACGACUUGGUGGCUGGGGACGCCGGCUGGUUCUUGUGCGACGCCGACGAGAUGGCGUUCGAUGGCCGCGUGGCAGCCAUGCCCCAGGCCGAGGAGCUCCGCCCGGAGCAGAUAUACUUCGUGCUCCCCGCUGAGGCUCGACAGAACGGCCUCCGGCGCGAGGACCUCGCCGCUCUCGCUGUCAGUGCAUCCGCGGCGCUCGUCAAUAAGGCCAACACCGCCUUGUCCGCCGGACGACGACGGAGGCGCGCCGGCUCGGUAGCCCCGCUCGUUUUCGCUCCACCGCAGGAGACCGUGGCUUACAAGACCGUGGCGGCGCUGGCAGCGAAGAGGCGGCCGGUGGCGCGUGCGAAGAGUGCAGGGAGGAUGAAGCCCCGGUUCGCACCCGAUCUGAGCGCCAUUCCCGAGUGCGAGUGAACCAACACAAUGGCAUUUCCGGUGCAAAGUAUAGGCAGAUGGGGGAGGUGGAUUAGACUCUGUAAU